UCACCUGUCGUUUUCGCUGCAGUUGGAGACCGGUGUUCGGUGUAUACGCUUGGCACACAAGAAUGCUCUUUUAAACGUGGGUAUUUAAACCGUAAAAUGACCAACAGUUAUUACAAGUGUGCCGCUAUUCAUGAUACUUUCUGAAGGAGGGAGUUAUGAAUGCUGUAGCAGAAAGGCCGCCAAUAGUUGCAGCGGCUGGAAGGAAGGGGCAUCUGUCACCCCAGAGGGACGGGAAGAAUGUGAGGAGGAGGCCCGAGGGUGAGGAUGAUGAACGACGGGUGUUGGACUGGAGGGGCCACGGGGGAAGGCACCCUACCCAAAGUAGUGUGGAAUUUGACAGGCAGUUGGAUAAGAUUUCAAUGUGGAUGGAAAAUUGGAGCCAUUCUCAGCGAUGUCAGUUGAUGGAGAAUCUACUGAGGCGGAGCGGCCAUAACCAGUUCCAGUUCCUCUAUACCGUGAUGCAGCCAAAUGUCCAUCGUGAUUUUAUCUACAAUGCCAAAAGUCACUUUCCUGGAAUGGACUUUAAGUCUGUCAGUACGCCAGCCAUGAGAGAUGCACAGAGGAGGCUGAAACUGUAUCGGCAGGACAACUACUUUAGGGAGAAAAGUGCCCACCUGAAGGACGAUUCUCAGGUGACUCACCUAGCCGAGGAACAAAACGAGAUGGGGCUGAGGCUCCCCCAGAUCCCUAGUGGGGCCAAACUCAACACAGACAAAGGGACAGACCUGAGUGUUCUCAACUUUAAAUCCAAACAUAAAAAGAAAGGAGCAAGCUUUCCGAAAAUCAUCACAUCCAACACUUUACCUAAAAAUCACAAAAACAAACCUAAGGCAGUUGUGUCGGUUGUUAACUCUGAAGACAUGACGGCUGUCAAUGCCAGUGCUCCUGUACUAAGAUUUAUUGACAUGCCAAUCCGUCGACACAUCCAAGAUGAAGGAAACAUGCGGUACCUCGGUUCAUCACUAAGUUCCCUCCCGGUAUCUACCCGCUACACUCUGGAGUCCUCCGUCAGCUUCGUCAACGAUGAUCAAAACCAGCCUCAGAAAAAGAAAAAGAAGAAUGUGCUAGAUGAGGAGGCUUGGUCUGUGAUACACUGGUACCUGGAGGAGUGGUCAGAUGUCAGAAAGAAUGAAUUUCUCCACAAAUUUCUCCUUAAGCUCGAUCCUCGUCAACACUAUUUCAUAUCCAGCUUUUUAUCGAUGCGACAUUAUCGAGAUUUCCUUACCAUGUUACCGGAGCACAUAUCUUUGAAGAUAUUGAACUACAUGACACCUGAAAAAAUACACAAGUGCACUUUGGUGAGUAAGGCCUGGUAUGCUCUGGCGAAUUCUAACAAGCUGUGGGGCUGGAAGUGUGAGGAAGUUGAAAUCCUGGUACCAAUUCCUUCAAAUCCUUGCUGGAAACAUAUCUACAGGGACAACAUGCACCUAAAGAUGAACUGGAACAGUGGAUCCUGUCGCACACUUGACCUUAAGGGCCACACGGACACAGUUGAGGCGGUGACCUUCAACCAUCGGUUAUUUGCCAGUGGUAGUCAGGACAAAACCAUCCGAAUCUGGGACAUCAAGACUGGACGUCCCCUUCAAGUCCUUAAGGGCCAUGAAAAAGGGGUGUGGUGCCUUAACUUCUUCACAGAGACCCUACUGGUCAGCGGGUCGUACGACGGAACAAUUAAGGUAUGGAACCUUCGGACGGGGAGCACUGUUCGGACCUUACUUGCCCAUGAUGGUCCAGUGUGGGCUAUGGUCAGACACAACAACAUCCUAGUGACCGCUUCUCAGGACAAAACUGCCAAAAUCUGGGACAUAUCUCGAUGUUACCUAAUUCACAACCUGUAUGGCCACACUGAAGCUGUGUUCGCUGUCGAUCUAAGUGAGGAUGGCUCCCUCACCAUAACGGGCUCGGCUGACAGAACGCUGCGUAUCUGGGACACACAGACAGGUGUACAGAAGAAGAUGAUUUGGGUGAGCCAGAGUACCUCCAUCAUGGCCGUCAGCUACAGUAAGGGUUACGUGGCCUGUAGUUACGGCGAGACGAUAUGUCUGUACAGACUCGAACGGCCGAAACUGAUGAAGACAUAUGAAGAACAUGAAAAAAGGAUAGAGACUCUUGAGCUACAGAUGAAGGACACGAAGGAAGUGACCGGUACUAUAAUCAGUGCUGGUCAAGAUGGGAUGGUCAAGUACUGGGAUAUACAGAAGAACGCAAGUAUUCGUACUUUCAAGGGUCACGUGGGAUCGGUGAAAAGUAUUCGAUUUGAUGAGCUACGAAUAGCAACUGGUGCAAAGGACAAAAUCAGAAUUUGGGAUUUCACAUAUCAGGAAAAGAAAGAGACGAGGAACAAAAGUGUCGAUGAUGAAAGUCUUGUCUCCAAAUCCCCCUCCAAAGAUGUUCAUGGGACUUCUGCAGGUUCCAACCAAGGAAAGGAGUUUCCAGGGACUCCGAAUCCCAUAAAAAUCAAGGUUCUCCAUGGAACACCUGCAAACACCCCUAGAGAAAAAGAAAAAUCAUCUGGUUCUCCUAGAGGAAAGGACGCUCACAGAAAUAUUGGGAAUUCCAAAGGAUCUAAAGAAACUAAUUCUAAAGGAUCUAAAGAAACUAAUCCUAAAGGAUCUAAAGAAAAUAAUCCUAAAGGACCUAAAGAAACUAAUCCUAAAGGAUCAAAAGAAAAUUCAGAUAUACAGACAACAGAACAGGUUAAAGAUGGACACAGAACUGUUCAGAGUCCGAGAGAAUCUAAAGAAAUACCCGAAGUCCCAACACAGACAAUGAGAGUUAGAACUGUUCUUCCAGAGGUCAUAGUGACCGAGAGUUGAUGAUGUGGCUCCCUCUGCUAAUUUAAUGGGAGAUAACUCUAUGUUCACAUAUUUUUUUUCACCACUGUAUGUACACUGUGGUUCUCUUUAAUGACAUAAUCAGUUCCUUGCAAUAUGGUGUUGCGUUACUGUGAUCUUGAAAUUAUGGUAUGUGUCGUACAAUUUUGUAUAUCUACAUUAUAAGAAAAGGACAAAAUCAAUUGUCUUGGGAGAAAUAUUCAUUUCUGGUGCAUUUUACAAAAGUGUAUGCAUGCAAUUUUGCCAGUUUUUUUGUAAUUAUCACUAGUCGCUAAAUUACAGUUUCCUAGUGAGGACAAUAGGUAUUGUUAUUUAUUGUUUUGAUAGAGGUCCCAUACGGUAUAAUUAUUUAUCAUUCUGGUAGAGGUCCCAUAACUGUAGAUUAUUUUUGUCGAUAUCUCAAAUUAUCGUUUCAACUGGUAGUUACAGUGACAUUCAAGACAAGAAAAAUUCUGUAGAGCUUUCACACCGUACAGUAUUAACUUGAAAUCUUGUAUAGCAUACAGAUUUACUCUCUAUUACUGAAUACUAUGGGAAAUCUAUAUUUUUCUUGUAGAGAAAUCCUAUAUUUUUUAUAAUUCAAAUUUAUUGUUAUCAUGUUCUAGCAUAAUUCUUUCUGUUGAAAUGAGUACAGCUUACCGCUGUUUUUAAACAUUUGUAGACCAGCUGUGGAAAUAAGUUAAGGACGUUUACUACUAUUGAUCCAGUUAUAAGUCCAUACCUGGCAAUAAGUCCAUACCUGACAAUAAGUCCAUACCUGACAAUAAGUCCAUACCUGACAAUAAGCCUAUACCUGCUAAUAAGACAAUGUCUG